AUAAAGAAAAAAAUUGUGAAACAAUGAAAAACUUUGUUGAAAGAAAGGACAACAAUGAAAAAAAGUAAAAGAUAGUUUGAGGAAUAGAGUGAGAACCCGAGAAGGAAAAGAAGAGAACUUUUUAGGUCUCCAAUUUCAUUGCUAAAUUUCACUUUUUCUUUGUGGUUUUGUAUGGAUCUCUUGUUAGUGUAAUCCAUACGCGUUUUCAGAUUCAGGUUAAUCCAUUUAUGGUUAUCUUUGAAAACUCGCCGGAAUUAGUACUAAGCUGUCGAAUCUGUUUAAUUCUGUUGAAGGGGUAAAUCGUAUGAAUAUUUGUGCAGAAGAGAGGCAUCGAAGUUGGGUUUUGGAAGAUGAAAUUGUGUAAUCUAUAAGAUUUCUGUUUUUCAUUUUUUUAUUUUUGGGAGAGAUGGAAGAGGUAGGUGCACAAGUAGCUUCACCAAUAUUCAUCCACCAGUCACUGCCUGGAAGAUUUUGCGAUGCGCGCCCGAUGGCCAAGAAACGCAAUCUGCCUUUUCAGCCGGCAAGUUUUUCGCAUGAGAAUCCUUUGGAUAACUGGAAUCCUAUGUCUUGGGAUUGGGAUAGUGCUAGGUUUGUUGCCAGACCUUUACAAUCUGAUGUAGUCCGCGGGGGAAAUGCUACUCCGGUUCAGUUGAAGGUGUCAAGUCAGAAAGCUGUACAAAAUAACAUGGCAGAUCCUAAGAAGCCUGUACCCGUUGAAGAUAAAAACUAUAAUGAAAAUCUUCGAUUGAAGCUUGGAGGUGAAGUGGAUGGAAGGAAUGGUGUAUUGACUUUAGUAGAGGAGCCACAACCGGUGUCGAGGUCCAAUAAAAGAGUCAGAUCUGGAUCGCCUGGUGGUGCUAGCUAUCCUAUGUGUCAAGUGGAUAAUUGCAAGGAAGAUCUAUCUAUGGCUAAGGACUAUCACCGCCGGCAUAAGGUGUGUGAGGUUCAUAGCAAAGCCAGCAAAGCCUCGGUCGGGAAACAGAUGCAAAGAUUCUGCCAGCAGUGCAGCAGGUUCCACCCUCUUUCAGAAUUUGAUGAGGGAAAGAGAAGCUGUAGGCGUAGACUUGCUGGGCAUAACAGGAGGAGAAGAAAGACUCAACCUGAUGAUGCUACUUCACGGUUGUUAGUUCCUGAAAACCGUGACAAAUGCGGAAACUCUGAAGUGGAUAUUGCCAAUUUGUUGGCAGCUCUAGCUAAUGCGCAAGGUAUGAAACUAGGGAAUACUGAGAACGGGAGUAAAUUCUCAUCCAUACCUGCAAAAGAUCAGCUCAUACAGUUACUUGAUAAAUUAAACUCUUUAAAACCCUUGCCUGCAAACUUGGCUGCCAAAUUGCCUGGAUGUUCGAAUGGAAGUAUUCCUGACCUUGUAUCCUCUGGAAAGCAAAGCCAAUUGAAUGGGAAUGUUUCUUUGCCACCAACUGUGGACUUGCUUUCUGUUCUUUCGGAAAAUCCAGCAGCGCCAUCUUCUGAUGUAGUUGAAAUUCAAUCUCAACCAAGCAGCGAUAGGAGCGACUCUGAGAAAAGUAAGUCAGCCUUUGUUGAUCAAGCUGCAUCUCUCAAUUUGCAGAAAGGACCCGCUUUGGAGUUUCCCUCUAUUGGAGGAGAGAGAAGUAGUACAAGUUACCAUUCUCCUGUGGCAGAUUCAGAUUGCCAUGUUCAAGAGACACGUCCAAAUUUGCUGUUAAAACUCUUUAAUUACUCACCUGAAGAUGAUAGCUUAAGAAAAUUGCCAUCUGGUAGAAACUAUUUCUCAUCUGAUAGUAGCAAUCCUUCACAAGAGAGGUCUCCAUCUUCUUCACCACCUGUUGUAUAUGACCUGUUUCCAAUGCAUACUUCAAGGGACCAUAUGAAGCAUGACAAUGUGUCUACUAGCGAAGUGGAUACUAUGCAUGCGAAAGCAACUACAAGCAACCAGUGCAGUACAUCUCUUAAGCUUUUUGGAGUCUCAACUAGAGCUGCUGAAAAUGGAUCAAUUCAGAGUUCUCCUAACCAAGCAGGGUAUGCAUCUUCUAGUGGGUCUGAUCAUUCACCAUCAAGUUUGAAUUCUGGAGUUCUGGAUCGUAAUGGCCGUAUUGUUUUUAAACUAUUUGACAAGGAUCCCAGUCAUUUGCCCGAGUCGUUGCGAGCGCGGAUAUACAAUUGGCUUGCUAGCAGUCCAUCCGAAAUAGAAAGCUAUAUUAGGCCUGGCUGCAUAGUUCUAUCUGUGUAUUUAUCGAUGUCCUCCUAUGCCUGGGAUCAACUUGAAAGAAACCUCCUUGAUUAUGUCAAGUCUUUGGUCAAUGAUAUUAAUACUGACUUCUGGAGAAAUGGAAGAUUUUUGGUUCACACAGACAAACAAAUGGCUUCCUAUAAGGAUGGAAAGAUUCAUCUUUGCAAGUCCUGGAGAACCUGGAAUACCCCAGAAUUGGUCUUGGUCUCACCUGUGGCAGUUGCUGGUGGGCAAGAAACCUCUCUUCUGUUGAGGGGGAGAAAUUUGACUAUUCCAGGCACCAAGAUUCACUGCACACAUACAAAUGGGUACAGUGUAAACGAAUUGGCAUGUCAAGAAACUGUAUUUGACGAGAUAAGCUUGGGCAGCUUUAAAAUUCAUGCUCCAUCUAGUGUGCUGGGCCGCUGUUUCAUUGAGGUUGAAAAUGGCUUAAGAGGUAACAGCUUUCCAGUAAUCAUAGCAGAUAAUACCAUCUGUCAAGAAUUGAGACUUCUUGAGUCUGUAAUCAAUGAAGGUUCUUUAUUGCAUGAUGGUAUUUCAUCUGAUCACAUUCAGAAUCCAGUUAGGCCCAGGACAAGGGAAGAAGUCCUCCAUUUCUUGGACGAACUUGGCUGGCUUUUUCAGAGAAAGAACAAUUCUUCCUUGUUUGAGAGCCCUGAUUAUAGGCUUAGUCGGUUCAAAUUUCUUCUUACAUUUUCUGUCGAUCAUGACUUUUGUGCUUUGAUCAAAACACUCCUGGACAUUCUGCUAGAAAUAAGCCUGGGUCGUGAAGGGUUAGCAAGGGAGUCUCUGGAGAUGCUAUCAGAAACCCACCUUUUGAACAGGGCCGUCAAUAGGAGGUGUAGGAAAAUGGUUGAUUUGCUUAUUCACUACUCCAUUAGCGAUUCUACUGAUUCCCCCAUAAAGUAUAUCUUUGUACCCAAUAUGGCUGGACCUGGUGGUAUCACACCUUUACAUUUGGCUGCUUCUACGUUGGGUUCAGAUGAUAUGAUUGAUGCUUUGACGAGCGAUCCACAGGAGAUUGGGUUGCAUUGCUGGAAAUCUGUUCUUGAUGCGAACGGGCUGUCUCCCUAUGCGUAUGCCUUGAUGAGGAACAACCACUCCUAUAUCACGCUUGUUGAUCAGAAGCUUGCAGAUAAAAAGAAUUUCCAAGUUUCUAUAUCAAUUGGAAAGGACAUUGAGCAAGCUGGCAUGGAAUUUGAUCAUGGUCACAAGACUACCUUCCAUAUCAACCAAGGGCGUAAAUCUUGUUCCAAGUGUGCAGCUGCAGCAGGUAGAUACAGAGGAAAGUUUCCAGGUUCACAGGGAUUGCUUCAGCGUCCAUACGUUCAUUCAAUGCUCGUCAUUGCUGCUGUAUGCGCUUGUGUCUGUCUGUUCUUCAGAGGUGCACCGGAUAUUGGUUCAGUUGACCCAUUCAAGUGGGAGAACUUAGGUUAUGGUUCAUUGUAGUUUUCAUUUAUGCAAAACAUCUUGUUAACAAGGAUGGGAACAGAAAAAGUACCCACAUUGGAAGGACAUCAAACAAGAGAGGAGAAGAAAUAUUGGCAGCGGGUGUACCACUUCAUACAGUUAUUUCCUUUGAAAAUGAAGAGCUGAGCCUUCAACCUUUGACAAAUAGCUUGAUAUCUAUCUGGAUCUGGAUGCAAUGCUACUGUUCAUACUCAACCUAACUAUGCAUAAUUUAUAGUACGAGAUGGACUUAUGGACUCGAAAUGAUGCAAAUUCAUGUUUAUAUCGACAUGUUUCAGUUCAGUAUUUAGGAGGAAAUCGUUUGAUGUUUUUCUUUUUGCUUGAAGCACUCAACUUAGCAAAUUGAUAUGGGUGUUGUACUUAAUAUGUUUUGAUUUCAUUACUGUAAAGAAUUAGUAGGUAAUUAGAAAUUGCAAUAUUUUUUAGUUGAAUAGACAUUUAUUUUUCUCAUCA